AUGAAUAACGGCCAAUUUGCUUCUAUUUCGGUUACAAAACCUGCCGAUGAUAAAGCCGAUAGUUCAAUCGUGUUAAAUUAUUUUUAUGUUGUAGAUUGGGAAGAUUUCGUUUUACUCAAUUUUACCUUAUCCUGGGAAUCAACAACGAGUCCGUACUGCAUUGAGAGUAUUCGAGAUUUUGGCAUUUUCGAUGAGUUGGAUGGCUUUGACGAAGACCGACGACCAUUUGGUAGCUUUGAAGGUUUCAUUGACAACGAACAUGGAUUUGGAGGAAAACGUGAACGAUAUGGACGCAACGACGACGAUGAACGGCCAUAUGAUAGAUAUCAAAGCCUUGAUGGUUUCAGAAGUAAUCGACAUGAGCUCGAUGAUGAUGAUGAAGAGUUUAAUGGAAAAGAUGACCAAUAUGAACGUGAUGAAGACUAUCAACAACCUCAAGUACCUCUAAAUAACAUCAUUGUUGUUCUACCACAACAAUCAGCUUCAGCUUUAGCUCCAGCUCAAGGUAUCUACUGGCUUGAAUCCAACAUUUGUAGCCUCAGUUCCAGUGGUUUCGAGCAAGCCCCAAUAUCAUCCGACUCAGUACCAGCACCUAAAAAACCAUCAAUUUUCGAAGACGGUCCAUAUUCUGUCGCUACCGCUCAUGUACCUAGUGAGUCCGAAGAAGAAUCUACAACAAUAGCCCCAGUAUCUUCCGAAAAACCAACAGUAUCUGAUUCAGCUAAAAGACCUUCAUUCUCGACCCCAACAAUCUCAGUUCCAGUAGCUAUUGACUCAGUACCAGCUCCUAAAAAACCAUCAAUUUUCGAUGAUGGUCCAUAUUCUGUCGCUACAGCUCAUGUACCUAGCGAGUCUGAAGUAACAUCAACAACACCAGCUCCAGUAGCUGUCGUUUCAGUCCAAGUAUCAAGCGAACCAUCAACAUCUACAAAACCAGCUUCAGUAGCUCCUGAAGAAGAACCAGUAGCGGUCGUUUCCGUCCAGGUACCCUCCGAUUCAGCACCAACAUCAACAACACCAGCUCCAUCAUCUUUGAUAUCAUCGGAGAUUCUCCCUCCAAGCUCCGAACCUAAACCCGAUCGCUUAGGACCUGGAACUCGGACCUGGACCUCGGCUCACCUUGGGCCUGGACCUGGACCUCGACAUGAUCCUUUAGGACCUGGACCUCGGCCUCAUCUUGGGCCUGGACCUGGACCUCGACAUGAUCCUUUAGGACCUGGACCUCGGCCUCAUCUUGGGCCUGGACCUGGACCUCGACACGAUCCUUUAGGACCUGGACCUAAACUUGGACCUCGACCUUGA